AUGCGGCAGGUUUGCUGCUCAGCGCUGCCGCCGCCACUGGAGAAGGCUCGGUGCAGCAGCUACAGCUACAGCGACAGCAGCAGCAGCAGCAACAGCAGCAGCAGCAGAAGCAGCAGCAGCAGAAGCAGCAGCAGCAGAAGCAGCAGCAGCAGCAGCGAGAGCGGCGGCAGCAACAGCAACAGCGGCAGCAGCAGCAGCAUCUCCCGUCCCGCUGCGCCCCCAGAGCCGCGGCCGCAGCCACAGCCGCAGCCCCGCAGCCCCGCAACCCCGAGAGCCGCCGCCCGCUCGCGAGCCGCAGCCGCCGGCGGCAUGAGGCGCGACCCGGCCCCCGGCUUCUCGAUGCUGCUCUUCGGUGUGUCGCUCGCCUGCUACUCGCCCAGCCUCAAGUCGGUGCAGGACCAGGCGUACAAGGCACCCGUGGUGGUGGAGGGCAAGGUACAGGGACUGGCCCCGGCAGGCGGCUCCAGCUCUAACAGCACCCGCGAGCCGCCCGCCUCGGGUCGGGUGGCGCUGGUGAAGGUGCUGGACAAGUGGCCGCUCCGGAGCGGGGGGCUGCAGCGCGAGCAGGUGAUCAGCGUGGGCUCCUGUGUGCCGCUCGAAAGGAACCAGCGCUACAUCUUUUUCCUGGAACCCACUGAGCAGCCCUUAGUUUUUAAGACGGCCUUUGCCCCGGUCGACCCUAACGGCAAAAACAUCAAGAAAGAGGUGGGCAAGAUCCUGUGCACUGACUGCGCCACGCGGCCCAAGCUGAAGAAGAUGAAGAGCCAGACAGGAGAGGUGGGUGAGAAGCAGUCGCUGAAGUGUGAGGCAGCGGCGGGGAACCCCCAGCCCUCCUACCGCUGGUUCAAGGACGGCAAGGAGCUCAACCGGAGUCGUGACAUUCGUAUCAAGUACGGCAAUGGCAGAAAGAAUUCACGACUGCAGUUCAACAAGGUGAAGCUGGAAGAUGCAGGGGAGUAUGUCUGUGAGGCCGAGAACAUCCUCGGGAAGGACACCGUGAGGGGCCGGCUCCAUGUGAACAGCGUGAGCACCACUCUGUCAUCAUGGUCGGGGCAUGCCCGGAAGUGCAACGAGACAGCCAAGUCCUACUGUGUGAAUGGAGGCGUGUGCUACUACAUCGAGGGCAUCAACCAGCUAUCCUGCAAAUGUCCAAACGGAUUCUUCGGACAGAGAUGUUUGGAGAAACUGCCUUUGCGAUUGUACAUGCCAGAUCCUAAGCAAAAGGCUGAGGAGCUGUACCAGAAGAGAGUCCUGACAAUUACUGGCAUCUGUGUGGCUCUGCUGGUCGUGGGCAUCGUCUGUGUGGUCGCCUACUGCAAGACCAAAAAACAGCGGAGGCAGAUGCAUAACCAUCUCCGGCAGAACAUGUGUCCAGCCCACCAGAACCGGAGCCUGGCCAAUGGGCCCAGCCACCCUCGGCUGGACCCUGAGGAGAUCCAGAUGGCAGAUUACAUCUCCAAGAACGUGCCAGCCACAGACCACGUGAUCCGGCGGGAAACUGAGACCACGUUCUCUGGCAGCCACUCCUGCUCACCUUCUCACCACUGCUCCACAGCCACGCCCACCUCCAGCCACAGACACGAGAGCCACACGUGGAGCCUGGAACGUUCGGAGAGCCUGACCUCGGAUUCCCAGUCAGGCAUCAUGCUGUCGUCGGUGGGCACCAGCAAGUGCAACAGCCCGGCGUGUGUGGAGGCGCGGGCGCGGAGGGCGGCGGCCUACAGCCAGGAGGAGCGGCGCAGGGCUGCCAUGCCACCCUACCACGACUCCAUAGACUCCCUGCGUGACUCUCCACACAGUGAGAGGUACGUGUCGGCCCUGACCACGCCCGCGCGCCUCUCGCCCGUGGACUUCCACUACUCGCUGGCCACGCAGGUGCCGACUUUCGAGAUCACGUCGCCCAACUCUGCGCAUGCCGUGUCGCUGCCGCCCGCCGCGCCCAUCAGCUACCGCCUGGCGGAGCAGCAGCCGCUCCUGCGGCACCCGGCGCCGCCGGGCCCGGGGCCGGGGUCCGGCGCGGACAUGCAGCGCAGCUACGACAGCUACUACUACCCCGCGGCGGGGCCCGGACCGCGGCGCAGCGCCUGCGCGCUGGGCGGCAGCUUGGGCAGCCUGCCCGCCAGCCCCUUCCGCAUCCCGGAGGACGACGAGUACGAGACCACGCAGGAGUGCGCGCCCCCGCCGCCGCCGCCGCCGCGGCCGCGCACGCGCGGCGCGUCCCGCAGGACGUCGGCGGGGCCGCGGCGCUGGCGGCGCUCGCGCCUCAACGGGUUGGCGGCGCAGCGCGCACGCGCGGCGCGGGACUCGCUGUCGUUGAGCAGCGGCUCGGGCUGCGGCUCGGCGUCGGCCUCGGACGACGACGCGGACGACGCGGACGGGGCGCUGGCGGCCGAGAGCACGCCUUUCCUCGGCCUGCGAGCGGCGCACGACGCGCUGCGCUCGGACUCGCCGCCGCUGUGCCCGGCGGCCGACAGCAGGACUUACUACUCCCUGGACAGCCACAGCACGCGCGCCAGCAGCAGACACAGCCGUGGGCCGCCCACGAGGGCCAAGCAGGACUCGGGGCCCCUCUAGGGCCCCACCCCCGCCGCGCCCGCCCCAAGUCUCCAAGGAGAGCGGAGACCACCGACUGGAGAGGGAAUAGGAGCGAACAAAGAAAUAAAAAUAUUUUUAUUUUCUAUAAAAAGGAAAAAAGUAUAACAAAAUGUUUUAUUUUCAUUUUAGCAAAAAAAAAAUUGUCUUAUAAUACUAGCUAACGGCAAAGACGUUUUUAUAGGGAAACUAUUUAUAUGUAACAUCCUGAUUUACAGCUUCGGAAAAAAAAAGAAACAACAAAAAAAAAAAGAGAGAUGGGCCAAUUUUUUGACUCUUUAAUAGAAACCUAUAUUGUGGUGCCUUUUGCUGUACGCUAAUCUGGGGCUCCUGGAGAGUCGUCUGGGGUGCAGGGUGGGGAUGGGCGCUUGUGGGAUCCCAAACCAGUGGGGGUGAGAAAAGGCAGGGAAAGAAGAGACAGACCGAGGUUCUAAUGUCCCUGAGGCUAGUGGACAGCGAGGAAGAACGUGAAGACAAGGCAGUUUUAUCUUCCCCGGUCCAAAUCUGGAGUCCUGGGCAGAGAGAGCAGGGAUCCUAAGCUUACAGCUGGAAUUGAGGUCGGGUUACUUCCAGGGGGAGACACAGGCCCCCCACUACAGCAACUAGAAUGGGGAGGGGUCUUCCCCGCUCCUCACAGCUGCUAAGGGAAAGAGGACAGAGAAGGCGGUCUCCCCACCAGCCCCCGGCCUAGGGAGGGGGCAGCUCUACCAGGGGCCCAACCUUCACGGCUCCUCCUCCCCUGCGGCCUCCAGGAUACCCUCUGUCCUCUGCAGCACCUUCGUUUACAGGCCGUCUUUUCUAUUUUACGCCUGCAUGUCCUUUGCAUUUCAGAUUCUUUAGAUUGAAUGCAUGGUCACGCUGGGACCCAGAAGAGCCACUCCGACAGUGUAUUCGAUUCCCCUUUUAGCAAUAAAGUAACACCAUGUCCUCACAGCCCAGCCCCCACCCCACCUAUGACUUCCAUCCUCCUCCGGUCCUGCCCUCCCCGGCCCUCACAACUGGAUCCAAUGCUAAUUUGUCAAAAAUGGCAAUUGUCUAAAAAAAACAGACAAGAAAAAAAAAAUCCCAAACAGGAACAAACGGGAAAUCCUGACAUGUCCAAACACCUGACUGUUGACACUUGAACAUUUUUAUAUUAUAAAUAAAAUCAGAAAUAAUUCCUGUUUGACUGUGUGUACCUGGCCCCAGGUGAGGAGGGUAGAUAGAAUCAGGACCUGGGAUAAGGCACGUGGGUACUGAAUAAAGAUUGGAGAGGGCCAGGGCAGUCCCUGAGCGGAAGUGACCCUCUCUCCAGUUCCGCUGGCCCCAGCUCCAAGGACCUGCUCCAAGUCUUCCUUCCAAAUCAUUUAUAAGGUGUCCCCCCUGGGUGCUGGGAAACCCAGCCAAGGGAUUGACGCAAAUUGUUGUGCUUUAAACUCAGCCUCAGAACUCUGGCCCAGUCCCUGCCCUGGAGCUAGGGAGCUGGAUUGAGGCAACAGUUUCCCGCCCAGGUGGGUGAAGAGGGAAGAAAAGGGCUGUGGGGUUGGCACCGGGGCAGCGGAGGUAAAGAUGACCCUUGGGGCCUCAGGCACAUCACAGGCAGAGUCUGGACAUGUAAUACAGUAUAAUGGGUACCCUCAUUGCCAGAAGGACCAGAACAGCUGCAGCUUCGAAGCCCACAGGGUAUUGCUCUUUCCCCGAUUUAAACCCCCUCAGAGGCAGGGCAUGUCUAAACCUGCAGCUCUGAUGAAGGUCUGAUCUCAGGCAUGGAGGAGGCAGAUGGAGUCCAGGGUGAAGAGUCUUUCUCAUCAGCUACCUAGAAUACCAGGAAGCAAGAUUCCAGCCUCCUGGAACUGAAGCCUUCUCUCCAAAGAGCUGGGGUGAAUGUGUACAUGUUUGCGUAUGCUUAUACACAUUCUCGAAUGACCCAGCAUAGAACUAGACAGGCACUGAUAGAGGAGUGGGACCCAGAGGCACAGAGCAACAAGAGGGACAGAAUCGAGUGCCAGCUCUGGCCCUCACUAGCUCUGUGCCUUCUCCAAACCACAGUUGCUGCUUAGUGAGAGAUGAGGAAGAAAUUGUAGCCCUCAUCGGGUUGCUGUGGUGGCCACAUGCAGAUGGACCCAGCGCUGCUCCUGACAGAUGGCUGGACGAUGGCCCCCUUGAAGGGGGUGGUGACAGAAUCCUGAGCCUCGCAACCUUGAAUCACAAAGUGGCAAAAGCUCGAUGAGGUGAUGAUUAAGAAAAGUCUAAAUUUAUGAAGUCAUUAUAUUCGUUGAGGGGUGCUGAGGGGGCAUGUACUACAAAGGGGGGAAAAAUGAAAGAAAAAUUACUGGGCUGAAUGUUACACAAACCUGUAGAUCAUGGACCUCUUCCAGGCCCCAGGAGAUGAUCUCAUUAGAUCCCUCUGCUAUUGUUUGCUGUUUUCUUGAGAGCUUUCUUAGGGCCAUAAUCCUUACGUGUGACCUCUGAUCUCUAUGGGACCCCAAAUUCACUGCUCUGACCUCUUGGUGAACCCCCUGGUCAGAUCUUAUUCCGAUCCAGGUUAGAGCCCUCACUUAGCCUCUAUGAGGGCUCUAAGUUGUUGCCUUCUAGGUUUUCAUUCAGAAACCACCUUUACGACUCAGAUGAAUUCUCCUAUCUGUAUAUGACCCCCGCUGACUUCAAGUAACCACUUAGCGAACUUGUACCUGACCCCAUUUUGUUCCCUCAGCAUCUGCCCUGGAUUCUAAGACACCUGCCAAGAGUCCAAGGCCAGAACUUAACCUAGUUCCUCGGCUCUCUCCUCAUGGCAUCAGCCACCUAGAAAGUGGACAUGUAUGGUUGGGACUCAGGAGCAUGCUUGACCAGAGAGACCCUCUUGCCCACUCUGCCUCUCAGGUUUCAGCCUUGGGGGAAACGGAGUAUGUGGCCCCUCAGGAAGCAUUGCAAUCAUGUUAAGCAGCUUUCCUUCCAUCACCCUGUCCCCUGGAACACUCAGGACAUUCAGGCAGCUUCCUAGGUCAAAGUUCUCUUCCCUGUUCCCCAAAUUCUUUACUUUGUAGUACCACUUUUGGCGUCUCUCCCCAGCCCCUCUCAGAGGCCUCAGUGGCAAUGAUAACCACUUCUCACCCAGACUUCCCCACAACUGUGAGACCCGCGAAGACAGGGAGCUGACCUCUUUAACCACCGUCCCUAGCACCCAGCAACAGUGUACGGCACACGGUUGUCCCUCACUGAGGAGGUCGAAGGCUUUCGGCAAGAGUUAGCCAUCAGGAGGAGUUCCUGAGCCCUGGACAACUUCCCAGGACCUCUAGAUGGAGCAGACCACUUACUGCAAGUUUUGUCAGGCCCUGGAUUGGACUAAUCCUAUGGGCAUGUUAGGGGCAACGGUUAGGGAAGAGGAACGUGAUGGUCUGUUAGAA